AUGGAUGAUCCUUGGCUAGUUGGGGGAGACUUUAAUGUUAUUACACAUGAUGGAGAGUGUACUAGUCAUAAUACCCGUGAUCGUGGCACUACUGCUUUCUCUGAUAUGAUGUUAGACUAUGGUUUAGAGGAUCUUACAGUGAGAUACUUGAAUCGGACUUCAUCUGAUCACUCUCCUUUACUGCUUCAGUGGGUUUUUGAUGAUGAUUUGGGGCCUAGACCGUUCAGAUUUCUCAAUGUUUGGACCAAGUACCAUGAUUUUUUAGCCUUUGUCUCCCAGAAGUGGUCGUUCCCUACUCAUCUCACAGGGAUGACCACUCUUUGGGAGAAGUUCUUCAGGCUGAAACAGGGUCUACGUUGGUGGAACCGACAUGUAUUUGGAGAUAUUUUUCAGUGGGUGCACGAUGCUGAGGUUGGGAUUGAUGAGGCUGAGAUAAAAUAUGAUAGAGAUCCCAUACCGGAGCAUCGUAACUUACUACAUCAUACCCAGGCAGUUUUGAACCGGACCUUAUCUAUUGAAGAGGGCUUUUGGAAGCAAAAGGCCGGUUCACGUUGGGUAUGUGAGGGUGAUCACAAUACUCGAUAUUUUCAUGCGAUGGUUCAAGGGUGCAGGAUCAAAUCGCGUAUUAGGUCUAUCAGGACACAGGCGGGGAAAGUUUUAUCUACUCCGAUUGAUAUUCAGACUUUGGCUAUUGCAUUCUACCAGGAUCUCUUAUCUGCUCCUCCACAGCCCUUGGAUCACAUCCUUUCUGAUGUAAUUCCCAGGCUCUUGACGGUGGACGAUAAUUUGGCACUAAACUGCCCCCUUGAUGAGGAUGCUUACAGGGCAGUAUUGGAUUUCUUUGAUGGAGGUUAUUUUCCACGGGGUUUUACUGCUACUUCUAUUGUCUUGCUCCCUAAAAAGGAUGGUGCUUGUAGAUGGACUGACUUCAGACCUAUCAGCUUAUGCAUGGUGUUCAAUAAGAUUAUUACAAAGAUUUUGAACACUCGGUUAAGUACUCUGCUACCCCACAUUAUCUCCCCUCCACAGAGUGGUUUCAUACCAAGUCGUCUGAUUGGAGACAAUGUGUUACUGGCUCAGGAGCUUCUUUACACUUUGGAUGAUAGAGUACGAGGGGGACUCAGACAGGGUGAUCCUACUUCUCCAUCCUUAUUCAUCAUAGCGGCAGACUACUUCUCACGCCUUCUCACUCAGAGGUUUCAGGAGUAUCCUAAAACAGUCUAUCAGGAGGGUCCUAGACUGCUUGGAGCACUACGAAGGGAUUUCUGGCUAGUUGACAUCAGCAGCAGCCUUUUACUUACUUGGGAAUCCCACUAUUUAAGGGGACUAAAAGGAGCUUUCUUUAUGAUGACCUUAUCUAGAAGGUCACGGACAGGAUCUCAGCCGAAGGUAGUACUGAAGAAGCUUGAGAGCAUCUUUGCCAGAUUUCUAUGGGAUUCUAAGGAUCAAGUUCGAUGCCUACAUUGGAGGAGUUGGAAGGAGAUUUGCCUUCCAGCAGAUGAGGGAGGCCUCGGCUUCAGGAGAUUACAAGAUGUGAGGUCACUUUGGGCUCAGGUUUUAUUGGGCAAGUAUUGUAUGGGAACACAUCCUUCACUUACAGUAGUUCCCAGUUCAGCUUCCCCUACUUGGAAGAGGCUGAAAUUAGUUGGACCACAGACAGAUCCACACAUUGCCUGGCAUCUUGGAGCCAGCAAGAUUUUCUUCUGGUACGAUUGUUGGAUAGGCAAGACCACGUUGGCAUCCCUAUUCCCACACAGACAGCACAUAUCUGCGAGGCUACAGGAUUUCUUUGAUGACACUGGGUGGGAUUUUGGGCGAUUAUUGCAAACUCUUCCUCCCUAA